AUGCCAACUGCAUCUUCAUCUUCAGAUGAGUCUAAUAGUGAGGGUUCUGGCAGUGAAGAAGACACAAGUUCUACUACCGCUGUAGCAAGUUCUUCCUGCAGCAGUUGUACUAUAAGUUCUUCCAGUAGCAGCUCGGCAAUAAGUUCUUCGACUAGUCCUACAUCACCAAGUUCUUCCUCUACUAGCGUUGCACCAAAUUCUUCCAUAAAUUCGUCUUCCAGUCCUUCUGAUAGCUCUACUACUAGCCCUGCAGCAAGCUCUACACCAAAUUUCUCCUCUAGCUCUUCUGACAGUGCUUCUACAACCCCAGCACAAAGCUCAUCACCAAUACCCUCUUCCAGUCCUUCAGAUAGUUCUUCUACUAGUCCUGCACCAGAUACUAGUACUACCCUUAAUUCAUCGUCUAGCACUUCUGCUAAACCUGCUGCAGAUAAAAUUCCAGAAAAACCAAAGGAUGUGAAAAAAGAUGAGAAAGAAAAGCGUAAAGAAGAAAAACGUGAAAAACAUGAAGAGGAAAGGCAUGAAAAAGAAAAGCGAAAAGAAGAAAAACGAGAAAGACAUGAAGAGGAAAAACGUGAUAAAGAAAAGCGCAAAGAGGAGAAACGCAAAGAACACGAAAAGAAAAUGCGUGAAAAACAUGACAACAAAAUGCGUGAAAGACUUGAAAAGGAAAGGCGUAAAGAGGAAAAACACGAAAAACAUAUGUUUUAA